GUCUCAAGCCAAGUGCCACACAUACUGACUUUGUCAAAAAACUUCAAAAAGUCUCAAGCCAAAAACCACAUCUACUGACUUUGUCAAAACACUUCAAAAAGUCUCAAGCCAAGUGCCACACAUACUGACUUUGUCAAAAAACUUCAAAAAGUCUCAAGCCAAGCACCACACCUACUGACUUUGUCAAAAAACUUCAAAAAGUCUCAAGCCAAGUACCACACCUACUGACUUUGUCAAAAAAACUUCAAAAAGUCUCAAGCCAAGCACGACGCCUACUGACAUUUUCAAAGAACCUCACCAACUCUCAGCUUCAUUCAGCAUUUGGUAGAACCUCAAUUCGUCACGUCGGCUUCAAGUAACCCGUCCAACAUUCAAAUUGUAUGCGUGAUGAGCCACAUGAUGUUGUUAAAGAGUGUUUUGUAUAUUUCAACGCUUGCUGGAUGUGUUUAUGGCCAGGCUAACGCAGACGUCCUUCCACUUGGUGAGUUACCUAUAUUUAUUCAGAAAAAACAAGUAAUCUUUUAUUUGUUGCAUUAAAACGCAGUAAGGUAUAGCUUUAUGGAUUUAAACCAAUGCAAUCUUUCAUUUGUUGGAUUAAGUAGAAACUGUAACAUUUUAAAAAUAUUUUUGAUAUGUCAAGGAGCUUAACGUUGAGGAGGGGGUGCACGGUGGUACACGGUGGUAUAACUGGUUGCCUUGUCACAACACUGUCGUUUAGUAAGGGUUGUGAGUUGAUAAAUUGUGUUUGAUUUGGAUAGAACGUCACAGAACGAUGACCACAUAACAUUUUAGGAUUUUAGGACCCCUCGAAAUGGCUUUUUUCAAAUAUUAAAGUGUUGUAAGAUGGGAAUAGAUUUGGAACAUUGGCUCAGAAUAUAAAAAUCCAUUUGAAAUUUACAUUAUCAUGUAGAAUUCCUAUUCUAAUAGUUGAAAGUAGACCUAGAUUCGAUUUAAUGCCUAGGAAGAGAUUACCUCAUAUUAGCAAUAGAAAACUUGACCAAUUACGUAACUUGACCUAUUAGAUGACUUGAUCAAUUAGAUGACUUGAACAAUUAGAUGACUUGAACAAUUAGAUUACUUGAUCAAUUAGAUGACUUGAACAAUUAGAUGACUUGAACAAUUAGAUGACUUGAACAAUUAGAUGGCUUUAUCAAGUAGAUCACUUGACCAAUUAGUUUGCUUUAUCAAGUAGAUGACUUGACCAAUUAGAUGAUUUGACCUAUUAGAUGACGUGACCAGUUAGAUGACUUGACCCAUCAGUAGACUUGACCAAUUUGAUGUUUGACACUCAGAGUUCAAUAUCGAUGUCGUUCAUCCAGGUGUUUGUGACCAGCCCUGGGUGCCGACCUUUAGUCAUGACUACAAGGGGACCACUGUACAUGGUUCAGUGGCUGCACUCCAGAACCACAUUCUUAAAGGGUUUCUGGUCAGGGUUCAGUUCUCCACAAAAGAGUGGCUCAUAGCUUUUGAUCUGGAUGACUUUACAUUCAGAGGCAGGUCAGUCAUUUUAUUUUUGAUGUGUUGAUUAGGGCCACCAUUUUAUUUUAUGUUUUGACCAGAUCAAUCGUUUCUGUUUGAUGUUUUUACCAGGUCACCCAUUUUGUUUGUUGCUUUGAUCAGGAAAGAAAUUGUGUUUCAUUUUUUGACCAGGUCCACCAUUUUGUUUGGUAUUUUGACCAGGUCAGAUAUUAAGUUUAUGUUUCGACCAGGUCCGUCCACAAUUUUUUUCUUGCUGUGACCAGGUCCACUAUUGUGUUUGAUGCUAUGACGAGGAAAAUUAUUGUUUAUAUGUCGUUAAGAGUCAAGUAUUUAUUUCACGUCUUUGGUCAGUGUAAGGUUCUGGAGAAACACAACAAUACCUUUAUUUGAUUAGAGUUUAACAUGUGACUUUAAUUUUCUAACUACAAUAGUAUAAAUAUAUUAUGAUAUAUUGGUCUAAUUAUAUGAUAUAUUCUAAUUGUAUGAUAUAUGGGUCUGAUGAAAUGAUAGGUUGGUCUAAUUAUAAUGUUCAAUACUCUUUUGGCUGAGAUUACUCUCCUGUUGCCCUGGCUAUUUAAGUGUCGACUUGCCUCAUCUGUUGGGCGUCACCAUAAAUCAUUGCUACAAGGCAGGUCUCUGGUAUCUCGACCAUCGACCCCCUUCCCGCCUUUGGGACAGUCGACAACCACGUGAGCCACUGUCUCGGGUGCCUGGCCGCAAAAUCGGCAGGUUGGUUCCCUUCUGUCAUGGAGGUAGCUGCGCAUCGCGAAAUGACCUGUUAUGAUCUGGAUGAUGAAGCUCUGGUCUCCCACAUUUAUGUUCCAGCAGGGGUCACUCUUGCCCGGUCAGGGCAAUCUCCAGUGCAGCUGUAAUACCAUUUCUCCUGCGGCCCAAUAGCUUAACAACUUGUCACGAAAGUAGUCUUUCAACCAAACUGUGACUCCCGGCUGAGUCAUUGGUUUAUCGGGCUGUGGCUGGGCCGCGCCUUCUUUGGCUAAUAGCUCCACCCUGUCGUGUUGAGUCACCUCAAAGUGCGAAGCGAUGAACUGUAAGGUUAAUUUUGCACCUUUGGCAUGGGUGCUUCAAACUGUCUCUAGAAUGACAUUCACAAACGUGGUCUCCGUAGAGCCCCGUCCCACUUGCUCGAGAGCAGAAAGUGAGUCGGUGAAGACCAUAACGUCCGGGAACUUUUUUCCGUUUUGCUUAGCUUUGAUAUACUUUCUUGAGGGCAACCAGUACUGCUUCUAUCUCCGCAUCGAGGCUCGUUAUAUUUUUUCCUACUGCGUCCGGAUAGCGCCUUGGGUGGAGAUAUCACUUUCGGAUACUUGAUAAGAGCCCCAUAGCAGCUGCGUCCUGUCAAUCGGAACCAAGAGCCCUCUGUGAAUACUUUAACCAGGCUGUCAGGGUAGGUUUUAAUUGUUUCUUGUGUAACCUCUGAUAGUUCUGGUGGCUUUAUUAGUCGUCAUGGCGAGACCUAUUUCAGGCUGGGUAAGGAUUUCGUGGGGGCCCGUCCCGGAAUCACCCUUACUUGGUCCCUCCUUAUGGGUAAUUACAAAUCUUCCUCAAGACUGGGGACCGUGUCCAGGAACAAUGGUCUCUUAAAUCUGGUCUUCUUAACCCAUGGAUUCUGUAGCUGGAAGUAAGGUUCCUGUAUGUCCAUUCGUUGGUAUCGCUCUACCGUUGUUAGGACUACCUUUUUCCGUCUGGUUUCGAGUGGUUAGAUGUUCGCCAGGACUUAUACCACUGCUGUCGAUGUCGUGCGUAAGAGCUCGGUUUUAGAUGCGGUCAAGUCACGCUAGAGCCGUUUGGCUCACAAAGGUCUGGGAGGGUAGGCUGUAGUCCAUUGCCCCUCUUACGCUACCGACGAAAAGGGACCUCAAUAGUCUUGCAUCAGUACCCCAGUCAGAGCAAGCAAGCUUCUUCUCCAAGACCAAUUUUUGUGACGUUUUCGCGCAUAGUUCGUGUAUGUGAUUAUGGAGCUGGAGCUUUUGAUCCAACUUCCCACCCAAAUACACUGGAGCCCGAUCGCAACGAAAUUCCUUUCCAUUGAUGGUCUGUUUCAUGUUUACCUUCAUUGCCUUCCUUCCAUCCUCCACCUUCUGUUGUUUUUUUUUAAUUUUUUUGUUGUUUUUUUUGUUGCCAGAAUGUCUUUUUGUUAUGGACUUAUACUAAACCUUGUGCCCACACUUGAACCCUCAUUUGUGUCUCCUCUUGACCCACAUCUGAACCCACCCAGAGCUCUACAUUGGCUGUAACGCCAAAAUUUGGAUGGAUGCAUAUAUUUAAUAUGUAAAACUUCGCUUAGGUUGAUCAAAGUUUUACUUUUUUGUGAUGAUGCCAUUUCGUGUUGUAGGAAUGAAUUCAUUUUGCCGAAAAGACCUUUAAUUGUAUUUUGUCAUUUAAUUAAAGCUUAAAAUACAAUUUUUCGACACAAAUUGCGUCAGACUGAUGCCAUUAAAAAAGCAAUGACACACCAGUUGGCUGUCCAUUCAUCCAAUCAUUUCAUCAACUGUCUAUUUCCAGACAUCUUUGUGGUAGUUUCCAUUCGAUUCUUUCUGACAAUGGCACACACAUAGACACAGAUGCCGACUGGAUGCCAACUUUAGUGUGUACCAAUGGAGAGGUAAGCUGUAUCAAUGGAAUGCCUAGUAUUACCCUUUAAUAUGUACCAAUGAAAGUGUAAGUUGUAUCAAUGGAAUACCUAAUAUUACCAUAUAAUCUGUACUAAUGAAGUGUUAAGUUAUAUCAAAGUAAAGUCUGGUAUUACCUAUUAAUUUGUUCUAAUGAAGUAGUAAAUUAUAUCAAUGUAAUACCCAGUAUUACCCUUCAAUGUUUACCUUUGGAGAGGUAAUGUGUGUCAAUGGAAAGACUAUUAUUACUUGUUAAUCUAAUGGAGAGGGUUUUUAAAAAAAAUAAAUUACCAACAACUUGCAAAUAUUACCCUUCAAAGAGGAGUCAUCAACGAAUGACAGGAAAUGAAUUCCCCUUCUGUUCUUUUUAUUUAUGGUACAAUUUUCUUUUACAAAUCUUCACAUCUUUUUUUGUGUGUGAAUAAAGCGAAUAUUUUGUAAAACUUUAGGUGAGUCGUCUGAACUACACCUCAGCCAACUGGUACAGCGAUGUGGGGACGUUAGACAUGGAGCUGGAUGGUGAAGUUUGGUGGUACACGAAGCCCACACAUUGUAAUGAUAAUGAUGAGCCACUGUACUCGCAGUUUGUGGAUGGGUCUACGGCAUCGGGGUCAUUAACUAAGGUAGGCAAAAAGGGUCUUUAACUAUGAAAGGAAAUAAGAAUCUUUAACUAUGGUAGGCAAUCAGGGUCCUUAAUCAUGGUUGGAUAUACGGCUCUUUACCCAUGGUAGGCAAUAAGACUCUUUAACUGUAGUAGGCAAUAACGUCUCAUUGGAGAUGGCGUCGGCUGGUCGUCGAGCGCGAGCUGUUAAUACCCCCCCCCGCCCCCCCCCCCCCACGGGCCGACGCAGGUGCUCCCCGUCACCAGACUGUGCGGAAGCUCGCCGUAAACCUGCCCCCCCCCCCACCUGGCCUUGGGACGUCCGUUCGACUGAAGACACUCAGUUUAAAGCGUUCGCGGUCCAAUUUCCUUGGGUCUGAACGGCUUUGCUUCCUCUCCGGGGGAAAGAAAUUGCGUUACCUCCUCCCACCUCCCAGGGAGUAGUUCGGUCGGGAUGUAGCGGGGACGAAACGGUCGCCUAGGAGCGGCUUUCUCAGGGCCGCGUAGCUUAAAACAACGGAAAGGGUUUUGACCGCCACUCAGGCCAGAUAUCCAUUAACGGCAACAAGUAAUCAUGUUAUUGCGUUUCUUCCGUUGCGUUGGAAGUCAUGCAAGAGGCGGGUUUUUUUUAGCUUCGGGAGGGAACCUUCCUACCAGUCUGCCACGCGACGAAGAGGCAAAACCCCGUGUGCCUACCCCGUAUUGGGCAAUAAAUGCCUUUAACUUGAGGUUAGCUAUUUGCGUUAUUCUAGCCUUGCAUAAAUUAUAAUGACUAUUUGAUCACAGGCUGGCACCUUUAAAGAAAUAAAGGACUGAAAAAAAUCGUCUCUUUUUAAAUAAUGCAAAAAAAAAAAUAUAUAUUCACUUUGUCUAAAUCUCAUUAUCAGUCUGUCAAGUGUCAUUUCCAGUAUGCCAAUGUCACUUUCAGUUAGUCAUCUUUUUGAGUAUAGUCUAAUGACUAAAUUAAGGAAAUGUAAUGUUUUCUGUGGCUUACAUUAAAUCUAAGUAGUCAUGAAUGCCCAUAGACACCAGUACGUUUAAAGAAGAUCUGAUUAUUUGAAUAAUCAGAUUUGUUGAAUAAUCAGAUUUGUUGAAUAAUCAGAUUUGUUGAAAGAUGAGAUUUGUUGAAUGAAUGUCAAAUACUAUUUUGUUUGAUCAGUUAAUGAGGUACGCCAAGUGGUCAGAGCUCCGCGCCAGCAUGAGAGACAGAGGUUACGCCUUCGUUCUACAGAACCAAAAAGUCUUUAAUGACGAACUUAUUACAGCACAGAGCUUGAACCAUUACAGUUUGAGAACCACUCAAAAUUCAGUAAAGGUAAGACAGAAACAUUCGUAAAUGGUAUUUUUUAAGUGAAGAAAAAAUGUUUUUAUUGAUAUUUUAUUGAUGUUUAAAGCUGUAAUCUUUUGCCAAUCAACAUAUGUCUACGUCUACAAUGUAAUCAACAGAAAUGAAAAUCUGUAGACUUUCGUCAAACUAGAUCAACAUAUAUCUAUCUGAAGUCAUUGAAAAACUAGUUCUAAAACAACUUUUGCUUACUUAAAAGACCACUCUCUUCUCAAUCCUAAUCACUCGGGCUAUAGACCUUUCCAUAGCACUGAGACAGCUCUCUUGAGAGUUUCUAAUAAACUCUUGCUCGCAUUGGACAGCGGGGAUCUCACCAUCCUGAUCUUAGGCCUUACUGCGGCCUUUGACACUGUUGACCAUUAAGCCAUUUACAAAACCCUUGAAAAUGGCUUUGGGAUUUCGGGUUUUAGAUUGUUUUAGGUAUUAACUCUCCGAUAAAAGGCAGGCGGUCUCUGUCGAUGGCUGUCUCGCCGGCAAUGCUGACUUGGUGUAUGGUGUGCCACGGACAUCCGUUUUUUGGGCCGGGUCUAUUCACAAUGAUUACCAGGCCACUGCCCCUCUUGCUCGGGAGGCAUGCUGUGGAGAGCCAUUCGUGCGCAGAUGACACGCAGCUAUACAAGCAUACCAUCCCUCUCUUGUCGAUUAUGCUGUCUGGGCUUUUUCGGGAGAGCAUUGAUAAUGUCAAGACAUGGAUGAUACUCAGCAAGUUGAAGCUUAACGAUGACAAAACGGAAGCACUCCUUAUUCAGGAUCACACAUCAUUCUCUAACUCAGCUCUCCCCACUACAUUUCAUGUAGGUAACUCCGAUAUACCGUUUACAUUCUCCGCUAGGAAUCUUGGUGAUAUUCCGAUACACAACAUGUCUCUCGAUAAUCAUACCUUUCACAUUUGUUCUUCUUCUUCUAUAUUUUAAGGGCCCACGAUCAAUUUAUUGAUCAUUUUGGCUCCUGUGCAUGUAGAUGGGAUUUGCAAUGUUUCUGUUACGGGUGUUGAUGAGGAAAUCAUGCACUAGGGGUUUGAAUGACUGAGGCAAUGGACACAAAUGUGUCUAGUGUUGUCGUCUCAACCGUUCCUUUUGAAAGAUUGUUCCAGUCCCUGAUUGUCUUGGGCAGGAAUGAGCAGAUCGUAUACUAGCUUCUUGCUGGUAUGAGCCUGAAUUGCCUGUCAUGACCUCGUCGCUGUCUAUGGGGGAGAAGGACGAGUUUCUGUUUAAUAUUGGAACAGUGGACCAGCCCAUUAUUUAUCUCGUACAUCAUGGAGAGCCUGGAUUGUCGUUGUCGUUCCUCCAAUGGUGACCAGCCUAGUGCUUCCAGCAUGCUGCCAACACUAGAGGUAUUCCUGUAGCGGUUCAGGACACUGCUAUUCGUCAGAUCAGCUCCAUCCGCCAAUACCUCACAGUUAGUGCAACAAAAACCCUAGUCUAUGCUCUAGUUCUCUCUUGUCUUGACUAUUAAAACUCUCUUCUGUCAGGUUCACCAAAGCACUGCAUUGAAAAAGUACAAAAGAUUCAAAACUCAGCCACUAGACUAAUUCUAAAGGCAAGACAACGUGAUCACGUCACACCACAACUUCAUUCACUUCAUUGGCUCCCUGUACAAGCACGGAUUGACUACAAGCUGUCUGUUCUCUGCCACAAUUUCUUAUCGAAUUUUUCCCCUUUCUAUCUAACCGAACUUCUCUCUGUCUAUUCACCCCUUCGACAGCUUCGCUCCUCCGCAGACGCGCAUAUUCUUUCUGUCCCCAAGACUCGCACAAAAACAUACGGUGAACGAUCGUUCUCUUUCUCUUUCCCCCAUACAAUGGAAUUCUCUUCCACUACAUACUGCUGGAUAGCCUUCCAUGGCUUGACAUGUAAAUAGUUCUGGAAUGUGUGGAGUGAAUACACAUUUGUUUUGUUUGAUUUAAAUAAUAUAUGUUAAUUUUUAAGUUCAUGAUUAUAUUUGUUAAAUUAUGUAUGUACAGCGUGGUGAGCCCAGCCAUAGGUUGGGAUACCGCGCUAUAUAAAAUCGCCACUAAUAAUAAAAAAAAAAAUAAUUAUAAUAUAUAAAGCUGUAGUCUUUGACUAUGUAAAUCAACAGACAUCUAAAUGUAUAGUCUUUUGCCAAUAUAGAUCAAGGGAUAUCUAAGGCUGUAACAUUUCACCAAUAUAGAUGAAGAGAUAUUUAAAGCGUUUGUCUCUGGCCAAUGUAGAUUAACAGAUAUCGAAAGCUACAGUCUUUCGCCAAUGUAAAUAAAUAGAUAUCGAAAGAUGCAGUCUUUGGGCAAUGUAAAUAAAUAGACAUCUAAAGCUCUAGUCUCUGGCUAAUGUAGAUCAACAUAUAGUUUAAUGCUUUUCUCUCUGGACAAUGCAGAUCAACAGAUAGUUAAUGCUUUUCUCUCUGGCUAAUGUAGAUCAACAGAUAGUUAAAGCUUUUCUCUCUGGCCAAUGUAGAUCAACAGAUAGUUAAUGCUUUUCUCUCUGGCUAAUGCAGAUCAACAGAUAGUUAAUGCUUUUCUCUCUGGCCAAUGUAGAUCAACAGAUAGUUAUCGCUUUUCUCUGUGGCCAAUGUAGAUCAACAGAUAAAUACGCUUUACUCUCUGGCCAGUGUAGAUCAACAGAUAGUUAAUGCUUUACUCUCUGGCAAAUGUAGAUCAACAGAUAGUUAACGCUUUUCUCUAUGGCCAGUGUAGAUCAACAGAUAUUUUGAAACAAAAUUGUUUCCAUUUCAGUACAACGAAGAUCCUUACUACUCGUGGCUCGCCGUCUGGUCAACCAAUGGCCGGAGGGACGUGUCCAGGUGGUACCUAAGUAACACGACCAUGUACAAACACAACAACGACUUCGUCUCCUUGGACUGGUACGGCGACGAGUGCUGGAGGCGAGUGUACUCCACCGACAAGUACGGCUUUGCGUCCUACGGGACUCUAGACGAGCUCAUGUAUAUGAUUAAACAAGGUCACAGGGUGAGUCCACUUUGCUGUACUAUGGGGGUUGUAGGACUCACGCUAAUUGAGGCCAUAUAUGUCUGCAAGUAUCUUUGGCUAUGUGGUCACGUGUAUAACAUGCUCAUCACGUCAAAUAUUUUUUUAUAUCGCCUGAUAGGUCCGCAUCUAUUUUGACGGUUUCAACCUGAAGGCCAACAGCGUCCGUGUCCUGAAGGGCCUGGUAGUGGCUCAGACUAUUGAAGAGUUCGGCAGACGUGGGAACUACCCGAACUUUGACGCUCCGUUCUUCAACACCAAGGCCAGGGCCGUCUACAGGCUAAUCCACUCCACGGGCCUGGUAGGUUAAUAUUACAAUAGUCUACAGUAAUCUACAGGCUCAUCCACUCCACUGGCCUGGUAGGUUAAUAUUACAAUAGUCUACAGUAAUCUACAGUCUAAUCCACUCGAGGGGGACUGUAAGAUAAAAUUACAAUAAUCUAGAGUCUUAUCCGCUCGACGGUGCUGCAAGUUAACAUAACAAUAGUCUGAAAUAGCCUACAGGCGGAUCCACUGUACCGGACUGGUAAGAUAACGUUAUAAUAGUCUUCAGACUUAUCCAUUCUAAUGGGCUAGUAAGCACACUAUUCUUAUCAGCAUAUCUUUAAAAAUCAAUAGCACACCUAUAAUAAUCUCAGCACCUUAACAUAAGAAUUAUAGCGCCAUUAUAGUAUUAUUGUUAAAAUAGUAAUACAAUCACCACUAGUACCACUGAAGUAUACCCUUCAUUACACUGAAAUAUUGCUAUUAGCAUUACCCCAAAAGUAUGACUACAAUUACCCCAACUGUUUUACCACUAUUACCUCAAUGAAAUUAUCACAUUACCAUGACCGUAUUACCUUUGAUAUUCUAGGUGAAGACUUACAUGUACAACAUUGACAACUUCGCUCUUGCUGAUAAGAAAGUAGACACAUUUCCUAUUGACUGGCUUGUAGACACAAGACAGUGGAAGAAGGUAAGUAGACACAUUUGCCAUUGACGGGAUUGUAGACACAAGACUGUGGAAGAAGGCAAGUAGACACAUUUGCCUCUGACUUGCCUGUAGACACAAGACAGUGGAAGAAGGCAAGUAGACACAUUUGCCUCUGACUGGCUUGUAGACACAAGACUAUGGAAGAAGUAAAGUAGACACAUUUGCCUCUGACUGGCUUGUAGACACAAGACUAUGGAAGAAGUAAAGUAGACACGUUUGCCAUUGACUGGCUUGUAGACACAAGACUAUGGAAGAAGUAAAGUAGACACAUUUGCCUCUGACUGGCUUGUAGACACAAGACUAUGGAAGAAGUAAAGUAGACACAUUUGCCUCUGACUGGCUUGUAGACACAAGACUAUGGAAGAAGUAAAGUAGACACGUUUGCCAUUGACUGGCUUGUAGACACAAGACUAUGGAAGAAGUAAAGUAGACACAUUUGCCAUUGACUGGCUUGUAGACACAAGACUAUGGAAGAAGUAAAGUAGACACGUUUGCCAUUGACUGGCUUGUAGACACAAGACUAUGGAAGAAGUAAAGUAGACACGUUUGCCAUUGACUGGCUUGUAGACACACGACUAUGGAAGAAGUAAAGUAGACACAUUUGCCAUAAACUGGCUUGUAGACACAAGACUAUGGAAGAAGUAAAGUAGACACGUUUGCCAUUGACUGGCUUGUAGACACAAGACUAUGGAAGAAGUAAAGUAGAUACGUUUGCCAUUGACUGGCUUGUAGACACAAGACUAUGGAAGAAGUAAAGUAGACACAUUUGCCAUUGACUGGCUUGUAGACACAAGACUAUGGAAGAAGUAAAGUAGACACAUUUGCCAUUGACUGGCUUGUAGACACAAGACUAUGGAAGAAGUAAAGUAGACACGUUUGCCAUUGACUGGCUUGUAGACACAAGACUAUGGAAGAAGUAAAGUAGACACGUUUGCCAUUGACUGGCUUGUAGACACAAGACUAUGGAAGAAGUAAAGUAGACACAUUUGCCAUUGACUGGCUUGUAGACACAAGACUAUGGAAGAAGUAAAGUAGACACGUUUGCCAUUGACUGGCUUGUAGACACAAGACUAUGGAAGAAGUAAAGUAGACACGUUUUCCAUUGACUGGCUUGUAGACACAAGACUAUGGAAAGAAGGUAACUAAAUUUAUGCGGCCCCGGAGCCAGAGCGAUCGACCUCGGCAUUCGAGUCCAAUUCCAAAGACAUUUCAGAGUGUGAACAUGUCUGGGUCUUGAAAUUAUUCCGGAGCAUCCAUGCAUGCCAACCUGGACGGUGUAUCAUUACUUUAAAAAGGUUUGAUAUCCUUGCCAAGAUGUACGGCCUCGCUUAAAUCAGGACCGUAUUCAUUGGAUUUGUAAAAAAAAAAAAUAUUGCAUAAGACGCGCGUUCAAACAGGGCGGUGCAAUAAAAUCUCAUUGGUCAGCUAUAUUUAGAAUCUGAGCGUGGUUUCAUGGCUAUCAUUUGUUAGUGCUAAGUCUUAUACAGCGCAAUGCGCUAGUAACUACUUUGAGCAGUGAACCAUAAAUACACAUUUUAAUCUGUUUGUGUUCAAUACAGAAACUGCAAUGUGAGUCAGUGCCCAUUUAAUUUCUAUUAAAUCAUUACGUCUAUUCUAAUGUAAUAAUCAAUAAAUAACAAUUUAUUAAUACGUCAUGGCGCAGUGGAACGCGUGGCUGCCUUCAAUAAGUAAAGCACUGAAUGUGGCGUCAUCUUCUUCAUGCUUGCCGCAAUGAAGAAGUGUCAUCUUCUUGGUUGUACAAGCUGCAAGUAGCUUUUAGCUGAAAUCAGUGGGAAUUGUAGGCUAUAUUGUUAUAUUCUUUUUGCUUUUAUUAUUUUAAUCAAGCUAGAAACUUCCAAAUUACAUUCUAUAUACACAUUAACAUUUUCUAUCGACAUAAACAGCUUAUAUCAACCUAAAUCUUUAUAUCCACAGUAAUACUUUAUAUCCACAUAAUCACUUGAUAUCCCCAUAAAUAUUUUACACCCACUCUGUUAUUUUACUCCAAUAGAAACUUCAGACUAACAUUCUAUAUCCACAUAAACACUUUAAAGCCACAUAAGCACUUUAUCUCCAUAUAAGCACUUUAUCUCCACAUAAACACUUUAUAUCCACAUAAGCACUUUAUAUCCACAUACACAUUUUAUAUCCAGAUAAACACGCUAUAUCCACAGUAACACUUCAUAUACACACAAACACUUUAUAUCUACAUAGCGCUUAGAGUACGAAAAUACUUAUAUCCUCAAUGACAUUGACCUCUAUACGGUGAAAACUGAUUUGAUAAAGUUGACGGUGAAGUGAAUUCAAUAAAUGAAGUGACAAAAUUUUACUUGGUUAUUUUUUUAAAUACAUGAAUCUGUACCACAGCUAGCAUUAUCACCUAAUUAAUUAUGUCUAAUGACAUCUAAAUUCUUAUCAAAUUCAUUUUUUAAGUACAUUAAAAUAUUACUAUUUACCAGUUUAAAAAUAAAUAAAGUUUGGUGAAAAUCAAAUCUAAAAAAAGUUCACAUUUAGGAAAGAUGUAAACAUGCUAAAAAUGUGCGCGCGGGGAAGGGGAGAUGAUUCCGAUUUUACUAAUGCAAACUAUACAUUACAUACAAUUAUGAAAAAGCAUUAAAUUAUACAUUUGAAAACUUUUAAUUUUUUCUUGUACAUUUUUUGAUGCUAUUGUACAGUUUUAGAAUACUGUAAUAUUUUAAAAGUUAUGAACUCAAAACUGUUUUCUGUGAAACCACAAACCUUUAUUCUGCACUCUCCAUUCUUUUAUAACACACAUCACAUGACCACUCACUCUAUUUAUCCAACUAAUUUUGAAAUCACAAGACCACUCACUCCAAUUAUCAAACCAAUUAUGAAGUCACAUGACCACUCGCUCCAAUUAUCCAACAAAUAUUCAAAUCACAUGACCACUCACUAUAUUUAUCCAACCAAUAUUCACAUCAUUUGACCACUCACUCCAAUUAUCCAACCAAUAUUCACAUCAGAUGACCACUCACUCCAGUUAUCCAACCAAUAUUCAAAUCACAUGACCACUCACUCCAAUUAUCCAACCAAUAUUCACAUCACAUGACCACUCACUCCAGUUAUCCAACCAAUGUUCAUAGUUAAGCCAAUCACUUUGACAACAAAAUAGGACGGUCAGGUGACAUAGUGCAGUCAAUCACCAUGACAACACAGGGCAUUCAGAUUAAAAAGUUCAGCCAAUGCACACGACAACAUUAAUUGUCAGUCACUCAUACUGUCACAGACUAUGUGUAUGGUACAUUUUUUGAGACUGUUAGUAUGGAACAGUUUUAGGGACUACAUAUUUUUGGGGAUUAAUUGUAAGGAACAGUUUUUUCUGACUGUAUUUAUGGUACAAAGUUUUGGACACAUUUUUACGGUACUUUUUCUUAGGACUAUUUGUUCGAUACACUUUGUAAAAAUAUUUAUACAGUAUAUUUUGGGACUAUUUGUACCGGUACGUUACAGAUUUCUUGAACACUCCGAUUGGCAUGUAUGAAGAUAAGUAGUGUCAAAAUUGUUUAACUUUAACAUGUGUUCAUUUGUGAUGCUCAACUUUCUAUUAUAUCGGCUUUAGUAAUAACUUAAUCUUUAAACAUGCUCAGAUAUCUAUGAAAAUUGCAUUUAAACAUUUUUCAGAUAUUUAGGAAAAAAAAACCUAUAUAAUUCUGUUUUGUUGAACGGUCCUAUAAACACUGCGAGACGGUGUUGUAGUCUUGCAUGGUCCUAUAAACACAGCUAGACGGUGUUGUAGUCUUGCACGAUCCUAUAAACUCUGCAAGAUGGUGUUGUAGUCUUGCACGGUCCUAUAAACACUGCAAUAUGGUGUUGUAGUCUUAACGAUCCUAUAAACACUGCAAGAUGGUGUUGUAGUCUUUUACGAUCCUAUAAACUGUGCAAGAUGGUGUUGUAGUCUUUUACGAUCCUAUAAACUGUGCAAGAUGGUGUUGUAGUCUUUUACGAUCCUAUAAACUGUGCUACAUGGUGUUGUAGUCUUUUACGAUCCUAUAAACUGUGCAAGAUGGUUUUGUAGUCUUGCACGAUCCUAUAAACUGUGCAAGAUGUUGUUGUAGUCUUGCACGAUCCUAUAAACUGUGCAAGAUGGUGUUGUAGUCUUGCACGAUCCUAUAAACUGUGCAAGAUGUUGUUGUAGUCUUGCACGAUCCUAUAAACUGUGCAAGAUGGUGUUGUAGUCUUUCACGAUCCUAUAAACUGUGCAAGAUGUUGUUGUAGUCUUGCACGAUCCUAUAAACUGUGCAAGAUGGUGUUGUAGUCUUGCACGAUCCUAUAAACUCUGCAAGAUGGUGUUGUAGUCUUGCACGAUCCUAUAAACUGUGCAAGAUGGUGUUGUAGUCUUGCACGAUCCUAUAAACUCUGCAAGAUGGUGUUGUAGUCUUGCACGAUCCUAUACACUGUGCAAGAUGGUGUUGUAGUCUUGCACGAUCCCAUAAAAACUGCUAAAUCUGUUGAGGUAACUUUAUGCAUGCGUACAUUUUAAUACAUCCGUUACGCAAGUAAGAGAUUAACUCGCCCCCCCCCCUCUAAGAGAUUAACUCGACCGUGUAUUCCCAAUCUCCCCCCCCCUCCCUCGAACAGGUCCUCAGGACAGACGCGUUUGGAGGGAUUACCUAUGGGACUACCCGUGACCUUGAAGAUGCCGUGACCUUGUCAGCCAGUGUGCGACUAAACAUAGAACAGGAUGAGCUUGCCGGACAAUUCUUUACAGAGGCGGAUAAUGUCCGGAUAAAUUUUUUCACAACGGAGGUAAACAAUGUUUCUUCUAUUCUGGAUAACUUAUUGCUGAAUUUUGAACAGUGUAUAGUUAAGACUCACUUUUGAAAUUUAAACAGUGAAUAGUUUAGACUUAUUGUUGAAUUUGAUCAGUGUAUUGUUUAGACUUAUUGUAGAAUUUUGAACAGUGAAUAGUGCAGACGUAGUAUAUACUUUAGAAUUAUUUUUGAAUUUUGAACAGAGUAUAGUUUAGAAUUAUUGUUGAAUUUUAACACAGUAUAGUUUAGACUUAUUGUUGAAUUUUGAGCAGUGUAUAGUUUAGACUUAUUGUUGAAAUAGAACAGUGUUUUGUUAAAACUUAUUGUCGAAUUUUGAAUAGUGUAUAGUUUAGAAUUAUUUUUGAAUUUGAACACUGUAUAGUUUAAACUUAUUGUCGAAUUUUGAACAGUCUAUAGUUUAAACUUAUUGUCGAAUUUUGAACAGUGUAUAGUUUAGACUUAUUGUUGAAAUAGAACAGUCUAUAGUUUAGAGUUAAUGUUGACAUCUUAAAAGUGCACGUAGUUUAGACUUACUGUUGAAGUCUUCAGCAGCGCUGUGAAGAGAUUUAACGCCGUCAGUUUAAUGAAUGGCAAUUGUCGGUGUACUGUCAAAAACUCAGUCCAGUUAUGUGUGAACAGAAAUUAAAGAGUCAUUGGCUUCUGUUUGGUCAACAUUUUCUGAGCACAAUGCGACGCCCUUAAUGUCAUUAAUGUCCUAAUGUCCAUUGUGUCCUGAAUUGUCUCCUAUUUACUGUGCAGAUUUACGCACAAGCCCUCAAACACGUGAGCGACCAGAAGGUGCAGACCGUGGACGAGUACAUCCUGCAGAAUGACCCCUUCCGCUGGUGCCUGAUGGUCAGCUCCAGCGGCGUGGUGGCCAUGAACGCCAGGCGACUGUCAUCCAGGGCACAUUUGUACGACGCGGUUUCCCCGGCAACGAACGUUACGUGGUUUGUGAACGUGUAAAAAUUUAUAGUAAUUUAUUCUGUAUGUAAAUUUGGAGGAAGAGUCGAGCUACGUGUCACUCAGCUGGCGUGUGUACCAAGUCGUUGAGAGAUUUAAAGAAACAGGAAUUUUGAUGCAAAAUAAAUAAAUAAAGGAAAUUGUCAAUAUUGGAAACCCAGUGAUAUUCUGGAAUGUUUCGAUGGGCUUUUACACUAAUGCUAUUAACAAGCAUUUUAUUAUCUUUUUAUAAAUUAAUGGACUUCUCCAAGUAAAGAGAAUGCUAAUGGACAAUAAAUAUUGCGAAAUUUUUAGUGAUCGCUGUAUGCUUAUUAAAAAUUAAAUUUAGAAAUGAAUUAAAAAAAAAAAAUAAUUGUAGCAUAAUUUUGCACAGAGUAGAAUUUAUUUCACUUAUAACAAGCCAUGGAAGUGUCAAUGCUCUUAUUACAGUUUGAGACCCUUUGAGGCAUAUGCCCUUAAAAUAGUCCCUAUAGUUACUACUGAAUAAAAUGGCAUUUCAACUGAACAAUUUCUAUGUAAAUGUGAAAGGAAGGUUCGGGUAAGCGAAUACAGAAAGACAAUUUUCAUGAAAUUCAAACAAAAGAUUGGAGAAUGGGUUGACCAGCAGUGGGCUAUAGCAUGGGUUGACCAGCAGUGGGCUAGAGCAUGGGUUGACCAGCAGUGGGCUAGAGCUUGGUUUGACCAGUCCUCGGUUGGAUAUGAGCAUGGGUUGACCAUCCUUGUGAUAGAGCACGGGUUCACCAUCCCUGGAUUAGAGCAUAGGUCAGCAAAGAGAAGGUAAAAUAGUUCACAUUUUAGCCACUAGGGGCUGAUAGGCCAGUUAACUAGAGGCGAGGUCAAUCCUUCAUUUUACUGGCGUCUAUAGUGAGGGGCUAUUGGGGACUUUUUCCUCCCAAUAACCUAGACAAAUGAGUCACGUACCUAGUCUAAAACAUAGCCUCAAAGUUGUAUAUGAUGAACCAGGGAGGGGCAGGAUUUGCACCACGGGCCGUUGCUUGACCACUCAGUUAGAGGGUCAACAACUAGCAUUCCUACAAUGUGCCAUUUUGGAAAGUUUUGACAACGUGUAGCUAUGAAGUGUGUACAUGGAGCCGUACAGACUUUUUACAGGGAUGUGUGCAUUUAUUGACAGGUUGGUGUCGUAGGAGUAAUGGGUUACUUUGGGCUGGGG